GAAUUACAAGACAACACCACCCUGUCACUGCCAAACUGUACUUUUCGUCUAUCUCUAGACCGAUUCCUUGGGGACUGGUCGAAAGCUGACAUUUUCGAAGCAAGAAAAUGUCCAAUUCUGACCAGUCAAAUUUUAACCAGUGAAGUGCUGGUCCUUUACGGAAAAUUGGCCGCCUGCAGGGUAUGUACUACGCAUGUAGUGGGGCUAGCGGUGAGCUGGCAGAUCACUCAUACCACCCGUACGCCGAUGGCGCUUACUACUAUACUCACUUCUAGCCAGACGUUGUCAACGACGCUUUCCGCUUCUGUGCGCGCCUUCCGUUUCCUAAACUCGGUAUAUGUAGCUGGCAUUGUGACUUAAAUACUUAUACAUAUGUACGUAUUUGAAAACUUGUAUGCACGCACAUGUACACAUGCAUAUCAUCGGGUCGGUUUACUGUAAAAGCCAUCCAACAACCGUCGGUUUUGUACAUACAUAUGUACAUAUAUAGUUUGUAGCUAGCGGUAUUGUGCGCGCAAAAUCUCAUAAAAGUCGGCCGCACAUACCAUAUGAUUUCAGUCUUUUGAGUUGAGUCGUGGCUGUCACUUCGUAGCAUAGGCAAAUAUUCGUAAUUUGGUAAAUAACAAAACUGCUACAGAUGAAAAACGGAAGCAACCAAGAAUCAAAUAAAGAAAAAAAAUACAAGUAACUAAAGGCAAAGUGUGCUGGAAAAGUUGCGAAACUGUUCAGCAGAAAACCAAGUGUUCACUCAAUACAAUUAAAAAAUUGAAGAAAAAAGUUUAGCAUUUUCUUUAAAUCGCUGACUUGAUUGUGCCGUUGAUGAAAAUAUCAAUGCAAUAAGCGUGAAAAGUGUGUGCGAAAUUGCAUCAGCCAAAAAGUUGAAAGAAGCGAACAGUUAAAAACUCGGUGCUAAAGUUUUAACCGGCAGAGCUGGAAAAUUAUUUACAAAGUGCAAACUUUUAUUUGGAUUAUUCUUCAAACGCAAUAAAUAACUAAUUCCAACAACAAUGUCUUUAGCCAGUGUACAUGGACCUCAAUUCACGGCUAUUUACAGCCCAUUGGGACGCAGCAGUAUCAGCAUGUCGUCGUCGUUGUCCGACUUAGUCGAUAGUCCGUUGGAAAUUUCCGUGGACAACGUACUCACCAUUGAAGAGCUGCGUCAACAUAUGGGCUCCUGUUUUACAUGUGGUGUCUCCUGGACCGAUGACCACGUUUCGCUCGACUGCACUGAGUGCGGUGGAUAUAGUUUAGAGCGUCCCUGUCCCCUGUGUGAUGGCCAGUGUGGCGUGCAAUGGAAGCGUGAUUUUACUAUGUCGCAUGCCUGUGGCAAAGCUCGUUGGCAUGGUGUGUGUCCCAGCUAUCAUGAGGCAAUGACACAUUUAAAUCCACUUGAAGCUGCUGCUGCUGCCAAUGCCACUUCCUCCGCUGCUCCAUCUACCUGUGCCUCAGCGGCUACACACUUACGUUUGGCGCAGGAACUGUGUCUGCGUUUGGAACAACUUUCAGCUGGCGCUCAUACGUGAUUGCUUUAACAAAUGCUUUGAUAUUCGUAUAACCGAGUGCAGCAGCGUCCUAAAUGUUCCUCAAGUUCAUCACUGAUUUAGAUAAAUCAAAUCAUCCCAACCUUCUGACAUACAGAAAUUAAUAUGUAAUACUUUCAUAUUUACAUAUGCUUACAUAAACUUCGAAAAUCAAUAUACACACUGUACACAAGAGAAGAUUUGCUGCAAUGCCUGCUUAAAUACAUGUAUACUCCCUGUUAAUCUCCAGAAGAAAGGGUUUAUGAUUUCAAAUAAUUACAUUAUCUAUGUACAUAUUUAAGUUUCUAAUAUUUGUAAUUGAAAGCGAACUUUCUGUUAAGACUUACAUUCAUUCAGAGGAAAGAAGAAAAAUGACGUAUUUUGUAAUGCUUUUGUAAUGAUAAAUUAGGAUAAUUAAGUGCGAAGCAGUUACCGCAGCCUUUGGCAAAUGUAAUUAAGAGUCAAAAUAGUUGUGAAUUUGUAGCGGAAUCAGACUCAAAAAGAAAACAGAGGAGAGACUCAAAAAUAUUUAUGAAAACUGAAAUGGAUUGAAAUUUAAUUCAAAUAUAGUAGUUUACAACAAAAGCCAAAUUAAUUAUAAUUUGAAUAAAUGAGCCAUUACCAUGUUGCAUGUUAAAAAAAAAAAUCGUAUUAAAAAAUAAUUAGAAGUCAAAACUGCUCAAUAUAUAUUAUUAUUAUAUAGUCACUACUGCUCUUAUACACAUACAUUUCGAAUGCUCAAUUGAUAUGCGCUGUGCCGUACGUACUUCUGUAUAUAAGGAAAUUUAAACUUACUUAUAGCUAGCUAUUGUUGAAAAAAAUAAUUUCGGUAUAAAUGCUUAGGCUU